AUGCAGAGCGCGCUCAGGUGGUUCCAGGGCCCCGACAAGGCCCUCGGGCCAGGCUCCACGGCCGCAGCGCCAGCACUCGCCGCCCAGACCAGCUCCAGCAGCACCGGCUCCAGCGCGGGCUCCAGCACUGGCUCCAGCACCACCAGCGCUAGGCCCAAUGCCCUCGCCCGGCCAGCCCACUCCCGCGCCACUGCAAACGCCAGCGACAGUGCCGGCCCAGCGCUGCCUGCCUGUGCCGCCUCGCCCGCCCUCGCCGGGUCGCCAGCUUCGCUCAACUCGUCGUCGCUGACACAAUCGCCUUCGCCCCAGCCGGCAACGCCUCCCGACCUCUUGCACGACGCAUCAUCCGCCUCACCACCAGCCGCGGCCUCAGCACUUGCUUCCGUCUCUGCUUCUACUUCCACCGCUGCCUCUGCCGCAUCAUCAUCCACCGCGUCGCCGUCCAGACACGGCUCCAGCUUCUGCAGCACCCCCGCAUUGCGCGCUGACCCAGACGUCGCAGCGCCCUCGCCGUCGUCGUCCGCAUAUUCCUGGACGUCCGCCCUUCGCACGACCGAGCAGGCCACGGCCCCCGAGAAGCUCUUCGCCUACCCGCGCCCCGACACCUCCAUCGACGUCGACAUCGACAUCGACAUCGACCUCAGCGACUGCGACGACGCCGCCGACAUGACUACUGGCCCGGGCCUUGACGCUGCCAUGGGCCGACCGCGGCAGGACUCGUUUGUCAGCGCCGGCCCCAAGCCCAUCUCCAUGAACAUCCAGAACCGCGACAAUGUCAACCGGAAUCGUCGCGAGAGCCUCGCCGGCAGCCUGAUGGGCGGCGUCAGCUGGGGCGGCAUGUCCUUUGGCAGUUUCGUCAGAGACGAUAUCAUGAUGCAAGGAACUUCUCCGUUCACCGGCGGCGCCCACGCGUCUCCCUCAUUUCAUUCUUCGUCUUACCUACCUAAGCUCGAGGCUAGCUUCAUGCGAGACUUCACAUGUUGCGGCAAGAUUUUGCCUAAUCUGCACGAUUUGCUGCAGCACUACGAGGAGGCCCACACGCAAGCCAGUCCCUCUGCUGCGAGGAACAGUGCUUUCAACCAAUACGGCCAGCUAGGCAUUCAAGGUUCACCGAAGAUGCCCAACUCUAGGGCAACUCCAGGGCCUGGCCAAGGUCCGCAGCAACUGGGACAGCAGCGCUCAAUCGGCGGCCCUGGACUCCAGCUGGGCGGGCCUCAGCGAAUUGGCACCUCUAUGCUUCAGAUGUCCACUUCCAUGAGCAACAACCUGAGUGACGAAAUGGAUGCCGUUGCGGAUAUGGAGAUGGAUGAUGCCAUUGGCGAAAUGGACAUGGACGACAGCAACAAGAUGCAUCAGACCCGCCAGCUGUUUGGUCAACAACAGCGACCACAGCUCAACAUGAACACCUCUGGUAUUACUCAAGGUCUCCGAACGUCACAGCCGCCCACCCCUGCAGCCGCCAGCUUUGGAUUCCAGAACAACCCCACUGUAUCUUCUGUCAAUACCCCUACCCUCACGACCCAGCAGCAGAUGCCGCAGCAACAGCAGCAGCAACAGCAGGCCCAACAGGCCGGGAUGGGUGACAUGGACGACGACCUCCCUGGUAUGCCAAUGGGCGGCGACGCUACUGAUCUUGGCGAUAUGACGUUUGGCAACGGCAACAACAACGCUAACAGCGACUCUAAUUUCUGCAUCAACGAUCCCGGCAAGCAUUUGUUUAGCCCCAACGGCGCAUUCCCACAGGGUAACCGAUCCAUACAAGCACAGCUCGCUCAGCUCGGCUUGACUAGCGGCCAGUUUGCGGACCCCGAGGCCAACAAGGCAUUACUUGCUCGAUUGCAGAGCAUGAUGAUGCCGGAGGAACACAAGCCUUUCAAGUGCCCUGUUAUCGGCUGCGAGAAGGCGUACAAGAACCAGAACGGAUUGAAGUAUCACAAGGCUCAUGGCCAUCAAACUCAGCAGCUGCACGAGAAUGGUGACGGAACCUUCUCCAUCGUCAACCCGGAGACAAGUGCGCCCUACCCGGGUACAAUGGGCAUGGAAAAGGAGAAGCCGUUCAACUGCGAGACGUGCGGCAAGCGAUACAAGAAUCUCAACGGGCUGAAAUACCAUAAAUCCCACUCUCUUCCUUGCAACCCCGAAUUUAAGCUUCAAGCACUAGCCGCUGGUCUGAACCUGCCAGGCAUUGGAGAAGACGUGAUGCUGCAGUGA